UAUCAUAAUGCAUUACAUAUCCUACGUUCAAAUACAUAUGAGUGCUCUACUUUCACUCUAUUUUUUUUUUGGUUCUUCAUCCACUUCCACUAGUUCCACCGGUCCAUCUCUUUUGCUAUCCAUCCGCAUCCAGAUGCUUUUAUCUCUUUUGCUAUUCUUCAGAUCUUCUCAACAAGAUUUUGUCUUUCUAACUUCCAAAUCCAUUGCUCACUCUUGUACCACUUUUUACCCUCUCCAAGAAAUCUUAGCCAUUUCCAUUGAAGAAAGGAGAAAGAACCCCAACUCCACUACCAUUUCUUUCACCACCUUAUCCAAAUAUCUUUGUAUCCCUUCCACACUCCGUGAUAAUCUUCACUAACUAACGUAUGUCUCCGUGAUAGAAUCCAGAUUUAGCCAAAAUGCAGGCCGUCUGGCGACUCUGAGAUGGGUCGGUGGUGUUGCUGAGCUGUUCCUGUGAUCUUACCCAGAAAUUGAACGAUGAUACUCUUGAAGAUUCUAGGGUUUUAUGCGUUUUCUGGUGGGUGAUAUGCUAUUCGUUGGCGUCUUUAAUAGCUGUGCCGUCGUGGGUUUCUGUGAGUUGGCGAAUUCGGGUUUUGCAUGGUUUGCUCUGUUUCAAGCGAACUGUGAAAGUAGGACAUUUCGCCCUUUGUUUGUUGGGUAGCUCAAACCUUGGAGAAGAUUUUGGGAUUUCUACUCAAACCCCAUCAUCCUAAUCCGUAGGGAGAUCAGGCUUUCAAUUCCUUGGAGAAAUGAAAUCAUGCUUAAAAGAUUCCCCGAGCCUUUGAGAGCUUCUUUUACAAGGAUUCCAAAAGGAAAAUAAAGGUAUUCUGAGCUGAGGCCAUAAGGGGUUGCAACGGUUGAAAGCUUCAAAGCUGCUUUAUACCACCCUCUACCCUCCCUGAGAAUAUAACUGUUCCUUUUGACACUCCCAAGACCGUUGUUGUUUACAUUUGGUAGAGAUAGACGUUGCCUCCAAGUAUGAGAUUUGAAGCUUCUUUGCUCAGAUUUGCAUGUUUCCGCAAUUAUUCUAUGGAUCUGAUGGAUUAAAUAUAUUUCUUGUUGUUGUCCAUCUGGUAUUCUCUGGGAUUUUACAAGCUCAAAAUUUCAGUGGCAUUGAGCUCAAACUGUCAAAUAUUCCAAAGCAUCGAUGGGGCUUCUUCUUUGGAGUCUCUCGAUGCCUAUUCUCCUGGUGUGGUUCUUCUGCCCGCCAUCCCUAAGGGCUCAAUCCACCUAUGGGUCUUCAAGAAGCACUGCUCGUGCGCUUGAUGUGCUGCUCCAAGACUAUGCUUACAGGGCUUUUGUUCAUCCAAAGACAGGCAUUCCCUAUGAUGGGAUCGUUCCCUCAAAUUUUACUGGGAUCAAGAUUACUGCAGUGAGGUUCAGGAGCGGUAGCUUGUAUAGAAGAGGUUUCAAGAUGUACAAAGAGUUCCACAUUCCCAUUGGAGUUAUUGAGCAACCAUAUGUGAAGAGGCUUGUUUUGGUCUAUCAAAACUUGGGCAAUUGGUCUAUGGUUUAUUACCCAUUACCUGGUUAUACAUACUUAACUCCAGUGCUGGGUCUUCUUGCUUAUAGUGCUUCAAACUUGUCAGCUACAGGUUUACCAGAAUUGAAUGUAACAGCAACUGGUGAUCCCAUAUUAAUUAGGUUUCCGGAUGUGAAAUCACCCCCUCAUGGGGCUGUUACAAAAUGUGUUUGGUUUGAUUUGCAUGGUUACCACAAUUUCAGCAAUGUGGCAUCUGGUAAUACGUGUUCAACAAUCCAACAGGGGCAUUUCUCCAUUGUGCUCGAGUCUAUUGCUCCUUCUCCACAACCAAUCAAAGUUGGGAUAAUUGUUGGAUCUGUGCUCAGUGGAUUAGCGUUCUUGGUAUUAUUAACAUUGCUGGUUCUGUGGGUGCAGAAGUUCAAGCACCGGAAGAAAAUGCAACAGAUGGAGAGAGCUGCAGAUGUAGGAGAAGCCUUGCACAUGACAAUGGUUGGGAAUGCAAAAGCCCCUGUUGCAACGGUGACUCGAACACAACCAGUCCUUGAGAGUGAAUAUGCUCCCUGACUCCCACGAUGGGUACAAAGCUUCCACCGUCAUCCAAAUACCAUUAAUAUUCAAGUUCAAUUCCUGUAAUCAGAAAUUCUUCCAAAUCACACCUUUUUUGGGGGUGUCUCCUUUCACUUUUUAGGAUGUUGGUUUUUAGUGUGGUUAUUGAUAUAGGAUUUUUGUGUAAUCACUCACAUAGCGGUCCAUAGUUUUAUCAUUCAUUGUGGCGUGUAGUUCAAAGGGAUUUUAUAUGUGAUGAAUUUAGUUGUCCAAAUUGACAAGGAAUAAGAUUUUCUGAUGGCACAUUUCUCUUUU